AUGAGGUUAUCUCCGAGGGAGGAGGCCAAACUCUUGCUGCAUCAAGCAGGUUCUCUCGCGCAGAAGCGGCUCGCGCGGGGAUUGCAACUCAACCAAACAGAGGCCGUCGCCCUCAUCGCGUCGCAGCUGCAAGAGCGCAUCCGCGAUGGGAAGCACUCCGUAGCCGAGCUUAUGCAGCACGGCAAGACCUUGCUCGGCCGCAGACACGUCCUCCCAGGCGUUCCCAGCCUCUUACACGAGAUACAGGUGGAGGGCACGUUUCCAGACGGUGUCUUCCUGGUCACUGUACACGAUCCCAUCUGCAAUGACACCGUCGAGCUUUCGAACGCGCUGUACGGCUCAUUCCUGCCUGUACCUCCGGAUCAUGCCUUCCCGGUGAUCGACCACCACGAGUAUUCUCGAGACAAGGCUCCCGGAGCCGUCAUUGUGAAGAAAGAACCUAUCGUUAUCAACCGCGGACGUGAACGCGUCAAGCUCCGUGUCACGAACAAUGGAGACCGUCCGAUACAGGUCGGCUCUCACUACCACUUCAUCGAGACCAACAAGGCACUCGUAUUUGACAGAGCGCAGGCAUACGGCAAGCGGCUCGACAUCCCUGCGGGGACGGCUGUGCGCUUCGAGCCUGGUGACUCCAAGCAUGUCACGCUCUGUUCGAUUGCAGGCGCAAAGCUCAUCACAGGCGGAAACCGUCUCGCGACGGGCGUACUCGAUCCAACUAGAACAGCUGAGAUCGUAGCGGCUCUGGUACAGAGGGGCUUCGGCCAUUAUCCCCAGCCAGGUGCGCUUGAGAUCAGUGAAGACACGACUAUCAGCAGGGAGUCGUAUGUCGCCAUGUUCGGACCAACUGUCGGAGACCGGGUGAGGUUGGGGGACACUGGGCUGUGGAUCGAGGUCGAACGUGAUGAGACUGUCUACGGAGAUGAGGUCAAGUUCGGUGGAGGGAAGACUAUCCGAGAGGGCAUGGGCCAAGCUACCAAUCGGUCGGAGGCAGACUGCCUCGACCUGGUAAUCACAAGCGCAUUGAUCGUCGACUGGACUGGAAUUUACAAGGCCGACAUCGGAGUCAAAGGCGGAAAGAUCGUAGGCAUAGGCAAAGCGGGGAACCCAGACGUGAUGGAAGGCGUGCAUCCGAGCCUCAUCGUCGGCUCCUCCACGGAAGUCAUCGCCGGCGAGAAGCUCAUUGUUACCACGGGCGCGAUCGACGCACACGUGCACUACAUCUGCCCGCAGCAAAUAACGGAGAGCCUUGCAUCGGGCGUGACGACGGUCAUCGGUGGCGGGACCGGGCCUAGUGCGAGCACAAACGCGACGACGUGUACCCCGAGUCCGUUCUAUAUGCGGCAUAUGCUGGCUGCGACGGACACGCUGCCGAUGAACUUCGCAUUCACCGGCAAAGGUAACGACUCGGGCGAGACUGCGCUGGAGGAGAUCGUCAAGGCCGGUGCUGCCGGGCUCAAGCUGCAUGAGGAUUGGGGUUCAACUCCCUCGGUGAUUGCGAAGGCCCUUGACGUGGGUGACAAGUAUGAUGUUCAGGUGAACAUCCACACUGAUACCUUGAAUGAAAGUGGAUUUGUCGAGAGCACCAUCGAGGCGUUCGGUGGCCGAACAAUCCACACGUACCACACAGAAGGAGCAGGUGGCGGGCAUGCUCCGGACAUCAUCGUCGUCUGCGAGCUCGAGAAUGUACUACCUUCGUCCACAAACCCCACGCGACCAUACACCAACAACACUCUGGAUGAGCACCUUGACAUGCUCAUGGUCUGUCACCACCUGGACAAGUCCAUCCCCGAGGACCUCGCAUUCGCUGAAUCGCGUAUUCGCGCAGAGACAGUAGCCGCCGAGGACGUCCUGCACGACAUCGGCGCGAUCUCCAUGAUCAGUUCCGACUCGCAGGCAAUGGGUCGCGUCGGCGAGGUCAUCAGCCGCACAUGGCGCACCGCGAGCAAGUUGCGGGAGCUCCGCGGCCCGCUGACCCUCGAGGGCGACGUCGCCGGACGGGACAACUCCCGGGUCAAGCGGUACAUUUCCAAAUACACUGUCAACCCUGCGAUCACCCAUGGAAUCAGCCAUCUGGUGGGCUCGCUUACCCCGGGUACGCUUGCGGACCUCGUCCUCUGGAAGCCAGAGAAUUUCGGCGUCAAGCCCGAAAUGGUGCUGAAGUCUGGAGUCAUCGCAUGGGCGCAGAUGGGUGACGCAAACGCGUCCAUCCCAACGGUCCAGCCCUUCAUGGGACGACCGAUGUGGGGGUCUCACGCCAUGUCGGCCGCACUGAAUUCGGUGGCGUUCGUCUCUGGCAUCUCGGUCGAGCUGGGGAUAAAGGAGCGCUAUGGGCUCAACAAGCGCUGCGAACCUGUGAAGAACUGUAGGAAUGUCACGAAGAAGGACAUGAAGUGGAACUUUGCUACCCCGACAAUGAAGGUCGACCCGGAGAGCUACGAAGUACGGGCGGAUGAUGUCUUGAUGGAUAUCGAGCCUGCGGAGCGCUUGCCUUUGGCCAGGGCAUACAACUUGUUCUGA